AUGAUGCAAUCCAGUCCGUUGAGGUACCACCACUCCCAGUCAGAAUCGAGCGUAGAUGAAAGAGAGGAAGGGGAGGACGGUGAGACGGGUACUGAGGGGACAGAGGGGACGGAUGGGGAGGAGUCAGAAGGCAUAGGGGGGAGUGAGGAUGGGAUGAGUGGAGGGGAGGGGUGGCAGCGGCGGCAGCAGCAGCAGCAGCGACGAAGGCAGGGAAGAAUGCGCGCCGAGCAACUGUAUGUAGAAAUCCCCCCUGAAGAGGGAGGGGGAGCGGACGAUUUGCCCCUCCCCACGCCUAGCGACGGCGGAAGCAGCAGCACGCGCAGCGUAGGCGGGGGAGGCGGAUUCCGGGGACUUGGGGGGCUCGGGGGGUUCGGGGGAUCAGGGGGAGCGGGUGCGGAAAGGCCCACAGGGACCCCCCCGUUGCCCAAAUAUGCUUCCCCGCGGCGCAGAAAGAUUACGGUUAAGGGGAUGCCGAGUCCUAGGCGGAAGGAAGGUACUGGCGGAGCGGGAGGCGCGGGGGGAGGGGGGAAGGGCGGAAGCAGCGCGCGCAUGCUGUCCCGGAUGCUGCAUGGGGCGGGGGCAGGGGGGUUGUUCGGGGGGAAAGGCGGAGGUGCGGGGGAGGGAGGCGGAGGCGCAGGGGGAGGCAAAGGCGGGGAUCAAAACAGUCAGAAACUAGUCAUAGAAGGCCCGGAUAGGUUCAAUCUACUGCUGCUAGAGGAAGGGGAGUACUAUUUUAAGGACUACGCGUGUAAUUAUUACCCCAACGGCGGCACGCAGCGGGUGCAGGGGCACCUGAAGCUGUGCAGUGGGUCGAUAUUCUUUGUGCCCAAGAGCACUCUGGAACCUGUGUUCCGCAUUCCCUUUGGCUGCGUGUCGGCUGUUGACAGUAUGUGGAUACGGGUUCCAGAGCACCUGAAGCUGUGCAGCGGGUCGAUAUUCUUUGUGCCCAAGAGCACUCUGGAGCCCGUGUUCCGCAUUCCCUUUGGCUGCGUGUCCGCUGUUGACAGUGAGCUGAACCCAUGGAAAGGUGGUGGGCUGCCACCUCUCGUCCUACCGCAACAACAGGGGCCACUUCGCCUUCGCGUUUGCUUUGUUCUCCUCCCCUCCCCUCUUCACCGCCACCACCUCUUCUUCCUCUCUCUCUCCUUUCACGUCCCUCCCUAUUCCCGCCUCUCCCUCCUCGCGUUCCCUUCCCGGACCGGCCCUCCUCUCCCCUUCUUCCCCCACUCUCCCUCUACACCCUGCAGGGCGGCGCACAUGGGGGGGGAGAGGGGGGAGGAGUUUCUGAUCAUCUGGCGGCGCACAUGGGGGGAGAGAGGGGGGAGGAGUUUGCGCACAGACGCGAAGGUGGGCAACCGCCACGCGCCCUACCGCCACCACCGGGUUACUCCCCUCCCCUCAUGCCUCAUCAACACAACCUCUCUUCUCCCUCUCUCCCCACUCCCGGCGGCGCACAUGGGGGGAGAGAGGGGCGAGGAGUUUCUGAUCAUCUGUGCGAGUGAGCGCACAGACGUGAAGGUGGGCAACCGCCACGCGCCCUACCGCCACCACCGCGGCGACUUCGCCUUUGCCUUUGCUCUGCUGUACACGUCGCUGGCGGCGGUGCUGCCGCGCGUGUCGGCUCUGCUGGACAUCGCCCAGGGGCCCUCGUGGGAGCAGCCGGGCAAGCUCAGUGCGAUCGUGCAAGAGCACGAGCAGGAGGUGAGGUUCAACCCGGGGUGGCUGGAGGAGGGGGAUGACAGGGUGGUGGCGGAGCUGGUGGGGUCGCAGAUGCUGCCCCUCGUGCUGCAGCCGGGUCGCAUCAUCCUCACGCCCUACAGCGUCUACUUCCAGCCGUUCAACGUCGUCUCGUCCGUGCCUGUCGUGCGGCACCCUCUGCGGACCGUCACGGCUGUCAUGCGGAGAUCGACACAUCUCCAAGAGAUCGGAGUGGAGAUCUUCUACUCACAAUGGUCCAGCAUAUACUUCACGUUCAAAUCAACCCAGGACUGCUCCCGGUUCUAUUCGCUGCUGCUGCAGCAGCCCGGGCUAUCAAUAGAGAGCAUGCGCAGCAGGGACAAGUGGGUGAGGGAGUGGGUGAGUGGCGGCAUCUCCAACUUCGACUACCUCAUGUACCUCAACCGCGAGGCCAACCGCUCCUUCAACGACCUCUCGCAAUACCCCGUGUUUCCUUGGGUUAUUGCGGACUAUACCUCCAAGGAGCUGGAUCUUACCUCCCCAGCCACCUUCCGAGACCUACGCAAGCCCGUGGGCGCACUCAAUCCCGACCGCCUGGAGAAGUUUCGGCAGCGCUACGACGAUCUAGCAGAGCUCUACGAGGACUGGGCGGGAAACUUCCCGGAAGGCGAGGUGCCGCCGCACGUGCCGGGCACGCCGUCCCCGGCGUUCCUGUACGGGUGCCACUACUCAACGCCCGGCUACGUGGUGUAUGUGCGCGUGCGCGACGCCCCCCAGCUCAUGCUGCGGCUGCAAAAUGGAAGAUUCGACAUGCCUGAUCGCCUCCUCUCUUCCAUCCCCGAGAUGUGGGAGGGGGCAUACAACAACCCAUCCGACCUCAAGGAGCUUAUUCCAGAGUUCUACUCUCUCUCCACGUCCUUCCUGCUCAACUCACAAGGGCUGGACUUAGGCGUCAAGCAGGACGGGGUGCCGGUGGGGGAUGUGGUGCUGCCGCCCUGGGCCACAGACGCCCAUGACUUUGCUGCCAAGAUGCGCCAAGCGCUGGAAUGCCCCUAUGUGUCAAAGAGGCUGCACCAUUGGAUCAACCUGGUGUUUGGGUGCAAGCAGAGGGGCGAGGCGGCAAUAGAGGCAGACAACGUUUUCCACCCGCUCACCUACGAUGACAUAGGGGCUCAGGUGCUGGCAUCAGUGGAGGACGACACAGUGCAGCAGGCGCUGACGGUGCAGAUGAGGGAGUUCGGCCGCACACCCAAGCAGCUCUUCACCGCACCGCACCCGCGCCAGCUGCGCAAGGAAGUGCGCGUCAUUCACAGAUACGUGCGCACAGCAUCGCGGGCCAUGCGGCUGCCAUCGCUCUUCCGCCAGUCAACAGUGGACUCACACAUUGUGGUGCAGUCGCUCUCCACACUCAACCGCGUCUCCACCCACCGCUCCCACCUCGACACCAAAUUGAAAUCCCGACGCGGCUACAAGACUAUCCUCAUGGGAGCGCUGAACCCGCUGGUGGAGCUGGCACUGCCAGACCGGUCGGUGUAUCGCGCCAUCGCACAGGUGGCAGGGGGCGAGAAGGACAGGGAAGGGCAGGAGUUUGGGCUCGAGUGGCUUGAAAACACAGCCAUGUACAGAGAAGCAGACAUGCUUCAAAUCUCGAGUGCCAAGUAUAUGCUGCCCCUCAUGCCCCUCGCUCUCUCCAAGCGCACCGACCAGCGGGCGGCCGCCAUGCGGGCGGUUGCCGCCCUCUGCAAGCCAGACGCCAACCGGCAGUUUGUCUAUUCUGCCGGCUUUCUAGAGCCCAUUGAGGCAGCGAUCGUGGGCGGAUACGACCGGGGCACCAAGGCGGCAGUGGAUGCCAUUGCGAAGCUCUCAGUGCUGCCGGAGGUGGUGGAGGAGUUCAGUACAGCUGGCGUGCUCUCAUUGGUCGACCUCCUAGUCAUGAGCGACAACUCGCUGCAGGCAGUGGAGACGCAGGCUCUAGCGUGUGAGGCGUUGUGGCGCCUGUGUGGGUUGAAGCGCCACCGCCUUCCUGCCCUGGCCCGGGACGUGCUGCCACGCCUGCUGCCGCUGGUGCGAGCAGGGGAGCACUUCACGGUGGAGCUGAGGGAGAUGGCUCUGAGGGCGCUGGCUGCUGUGUGCGUGGAGACGAGCAGUCAAGAGGAGAUGCUUCAAAGAGGGGGUCUCAAGGAGGUCCUAGAGAUCUGCGCCAUGGAAGCGGGAAACAUCCUGGAAGCUGCCAUCGCCGCGCUCGCCGCCCUCUGCCGCAACCCGGAGCUGCGGCUACAAAUUGCUGUGGAGGGCGGGCUUCGUCUCUUGUGCAACGCAUCGUGUGCCGCCGAGGCGCAGAUACAGGAGGUGGCGGCGAGUGCGCUGCAGAGCCUGCUGGGCGACGGGGUGAUUCUGAACGGAGUGAUAAGAGAGGAGGGGCUGUGGUCUAUUAUCGCCAUGGCCCAAUCGCAGCACCACGAGGUGCAGAGGCUGGCGGCCCGGGCCUUCUGGUACCUCGCGAUUCACUGCGAGAACAAGCGACAGGUGAUGGCAUUGGGAGGUCUCCAAUCCCUACUAGCAUUAGCAGCGCUGGGGGAGCGCAACCGGCACGCCACGCUGCUGGCGGAGGAGGCGCUGCUGCGCCUCUCAGAGGACCGCCACAUCCACGCCCACCUCAUGAGGGAGCAGGCCUUUCUCGCCCGCACCGCUGCCGCUGGCGGCGCUGCUGCUGCUGCGUCUGGUGGUGGUGGUGGUGGUGGGGAUGUUGGUGGUGGGGCAGCAGGGGAAGCAGAAGACAAGGAGGAGAAGGCGGAGCAGGUGGAGCAGGAGGAGCAACAGGAGGAGCAGCAGGAGGAGCAGCAGGAGGAGCAGCAGGAGGAGCAAGAAGGCCAAGCACAGGCUUGUCCCUGA